CAGGAGGCGGCGGGAUGGAGCACGCACCCGCUCACGCACGACUGGUGGCAGCCGACAGUGGAGGCCUUGCAGCAAGCGGACCCCGUGCCAGCCGAGACCUUCGCCCAAGGGCUGGAGUUCGCAGGGGCCAGCCCAGGGACGAUAUAUGCCGCGAUCGCCGCUGGGGGCGGAGCACGCCCUGGACACGUGCACCUGCCGCCUGUGGCCAGAGCGCUGGCGGACAGCGCUGGCUACAUCGACGACCUCGCCCAGGACCUCUUGCUCGAGCUCUUCGGUGGGGUCGUGCUGGCGCGGGGGGUCGACCGGCGCGCAGACGAGCUCCGCGACCCGGCCAGGGAGGCGCUGGACGCGACAGACGCAGCAUCUGUGCUCCGGGCCCGCGUGCCAACCCUCCAACGGGCGCCAGCGUUCGCGCGGGGGCCGUUCCGCAACGCCUUGCGCAAAGCUUUGGAGCUGAUCCGAGAGGGCGAAGCAGACGAGACAGGAGCAGCGAGAGGGUGGAAGCUGUUCCUCCUGCUCCCACGACUGCUCUUGUGGAGAGAGGCGGGGCAGCAAAGGAUCCCCAAGGAGCAACUCCUGGAGAGGUUCACCCGCUUCGAGGCUGGAGACUGGGCGCAGCUUCUGACAGAAGCACAGCCGGGCCCGCCGCGCAGGCCGCCCGAGCGAGACGCGAACGGGCAGAGCAGGGCGCCCGAGGCACGACGGGGCCGGGCGCCAGACGAAAACGAGAAGCUCCGCAGCCGCUGCGAGAGGGCCACCGAGCUGAUCCGCCUCGGAGCGCCCGGGGCGCCCUCGGCCAGCCGCCGCCAGCCGCCGCCGCCAGCCGGCGCCUUGUGCCGCGGCGCCCGGCCCGUCGCCGCCAGACGCCGGCCGGCCGCUCGGCGCAGCGCCGCGCCGCCGGGCUGCCGCCGCGGCCGGUGCCGCGCCGCGCCCGGGGCGGCGCGGGCGGCGCAGCUGUCGGCGCUCCCGCGCGGCCGCGCCGCCGCGGGCCGCUGCGCUUCGCCGCGGCGCCUGGCCCGUCGCCGCCUGCCGCCGGUCGGCCGCUAG